ACCCUACCUCAAUAUUGUUUUGUGCUUACGGCAGCCAGCUAUUGGACACUCAACGGCAAUCUGUCUUCGCGUGUGAGAUUUCGCCAUCCCUUUAAACGCAAUGUACGGCACAUUGAGCCGGCAUUUGUUAAAAUAAUGUCCGAGGACACCAGCUGUGGAACAUGUCAAAGACUUGCUGACUGCUGCUUGCGUAUUUCGAAGUGGUGUCCUAUCCUUGUAGUAGCCGUCAUAGUGCUGUGGUCGUACUAUGCUUACGUGGUAGAAUUUUGCGUUUUCAGUGUGGAUACAACAUACGAGAAUAUAGUGUACCUGUUGGUUUUUCAUUUUCUCUUUGUUUUAGUAUUGGUGGCGUACUGGAGAACUAGUUUCACGCACGCCGGAGAAAUUCCGGAUAAUUUCCAAAUUCCACAGCCUGAAACAUCCAGUCAACUCGAUGUCAACAAUUGUGCAAGCAUGAAUGAACACUUAGAAGAAAUUGUUAGAAACAUUGGAGUGAAAACGCGAACAGCAACGGGGGAUAUUCGAUACUGCGAAAAAUGUCGGCUCAUUAAACCUGACAGAGCACAUCACUGCAGUGCCUGUGGGAAAUGCAUUCUCAAAAUGGAUCAUCACUGUCCAUGGGUUAACAAUUGCGUUGGUUUUAACAAUUACAAGUUCUUCAUGCUGUUUCUGGUAUAUGCUAUGUUGUAUUGCGUUUUCAUCGGGAGUUCAACGUUGAUGUACUGCAUAAGGUUUUGGAAACAGCAGACGCAGAACAAUAAGUGGCAAGUUUAUAUCCUAUUCCUGUUAUCUGUUAUGUUUCUUAUCAGCAUAGCACCGUUAUUUUUUUACCACUGUUUUCUUCUCCUAGACAACAGGACGACUCUAGAAGCAUUUAGAGCGCCAGUGUUUCUGCAUGGAAUUGAUAGGGACGGAUUCAACUUGGGCAGAAGUAAAAAUUUUAGGGAAGUCUUUGGAGAAAAUUGGCUUUUAUGGUUUCUUCCAGUGUCAAGCACUCCUGGUGAUGGCGUUCACUUCCCAUUACGCAUUCGUAACUCAGGCAGAACGUACAAUACUGUGGAGAGAGGUGACAGUCAUUUUAAACGCAAUCAUGAAUAUGGUGAAGUAAAGUGAAUCCAGCAAUAGACCCGACUUCUGACAGUCGCUCCCGAGAGAGCAAGGAUCAAGUGUGAAUGAGUGAAUACAGAUCUUUCUUGAGUCGGCUUUUAAAACUCUGGUAAACAGACGGCUUACAGAGUGUCUUAACAAUACGGCAACAAUUCGGUACGGUACUUUGUGUUUAAGAUAGUACGAGCAUGAACAUCAAUCCAUAAAAAAGAAUAAGCGUCAGUUGUACUACAUAUUCACGCAUUCUUCAUAUUUAUUUAGAAAUAAAACAUGUAAUCGUAAAUUCUA